CCCCCUUCCCUUUUUUAUUUUUUUUUAUUAUUCGCUAAAAGAAAUGAAAAGUUUUUUGACAGUUAGAGGGAUCAUUCAAUCCUCAAGUAAUGUGGGUAAUCGUCGCUUUGUGCAUGGUGGUGUGAUGGAACCUCUAAAGUUACGUCCCAGAGUGAACCCAGAACUCUCUGAAAGGUUGUUAACGAGCAUCCGUCAACGUAAUCCAGCUGCAGUCUGGAAAGCUUAUUCUGAAUUAGACGAAAGAGGUCAACUUGGCAAACUUCCCGCUGAAUUCUUUACAAUGACCCUUCAAAGCUUUCAAAUCAAGAACUUGGGCACCUACAAUACCGACGAAAUUAAAUUUUAUAAAAAGAGUUUGCUUCAAAUCAUUCAUACCAUGAAGCAACAAGGUAUUCAACCCGAUAUUCGUGACUACAACUUGUUAUUGGAAUUUUAUGGCCGUGCCCUGGAUUGGAAGUCAUCCAAUGAAUUAUGGAACGACAUUAAGCAACCUAAUUUGUACACUUAUAAUCUUUAUAUGCGCUCCGCUUUGCAAUGUAGACGAUACGAAGAUGUCUUUCGAAUCUUUAAUUUGAUCCAAUCCGCCCAUAUUCAACCCAACGAAUUCACAUACAAUACGUUGAUCGAAGCCAAUGGUCGCCUUGGAAACAUCACGGAAGCCGAUAAGAUCUUUAAAGAACGAUUCACACCCAAAGUGGAAAAAUCCACCUCAUCCAUCCUUUCGAAUUUUUUGCACCAACCUACCACCUCAAUUAGCUAUACCAGAGCUGCUUCACCUUUAGGACGUUAUAUACCUCAGCAGACAACGACUCACAGUGUGUUGAAACCUUCUGUCGAAACAUUUAAUGCACUUAUUAGUGCACAUGGUAAAAAGAAGAAUGUAGCUGGUCUCAGUCAUAUCUAUACAAACAUGAUGCCACAAUUCCAUGUACAACCUACUUUAAAAACAUACAAUACGCUUAUCGAAUGGUAUUGUUAUAAUGAGGAUGUAGAUUCAGCUCGAAAGAUUUUUGUGGAUAUGGAGACAGCGGGUGUCAAGCCUAAUAUCGUGACAUUCAAUCACUUGUUCCGUCACGAAGCUCUUAAAAAGAAUCGACCCAAGGUCGCUGAAACAUUGAUGGAUUAUAUGAAGACAGAGUAUGGCAUCACUCCUUUAUUAUCCAUGUAUCAGACCUUGAUUCGAUUGCAUAACAAAGCGAAUCGUGAAGAAGAAGCAAAGAGAUUAUAUGCCGAUUAUUCCAUUUUAAAAUCAAAACUUGCAAAGAAGCCACUCAAUACAACCACUACUACUACUACGACUGAAUUAUCAAAUCAAAAAACCUUGUAGAAUAUUUAAAAAAAAAUGCACAUACUAGACUACCAAAAAAAAAAAAAGUUUUUCCCUUUUCUCUCAAGCAUCACCCCCACCUCUCUAUAUAUUAAACCUCUCACUUUUUUACAAUAAAAAAGA